AUGCUUAUCAAUAACAUCAACCUCUGGGCGGGGCGCGACGCCCCCAACCCACCGGAGAAGAAGAUGGAAGUCGCGGGUAGCAGACUGGUGGGGAACACGACAGAGGAAGCCCUCGCAAGGUUAAGCCUGAGCCAGGGGCUGAGUGGCACGCAGAUGGAUAUUUUGCGCAGUACUGGCGCUCUAGAGGCCAUUGCAGCCGCACACAAUCAAGAAAUGCACACAUUGAACGGCAACAUCAAUUUCUCCGUGGUGCAUGACACAGCAAGAGCGGAUGUGAUGGCGGCGGCCUUGACGCGAGCAACGAGGGGGGUGCGCCACCGCCAUGCGAUACGGGUGGAGACGGAGCGCCGACUUCGUGUAGCGCAGGAGGAGGUGCCCAUGCUCGUAUACACCAGCAAUGUGGCAAACGGAGUAGGGCUGGUGGCAGGGCUGGAUAGAAACAGGGAGCCGGAGGGAGUCCUGGCACAGCCGGUGGGGGAGAUGCUCUCCGCCUGUCUCGACAGGGUGCUACGCUCGCCGACCCCGCUCAAAGUGACGAUGGAGCAGUGGCUAUCCACACGAAUGACCGCGCCUAACGUGGAUUGGGCCCUAAUAGACGAACUCGUCGCCUGGCUGACCAUGCGGUUUAUCCCUCAGCCAGAGAUCUACCAUGACGAGGCGGGUGGCUCUGAGACCCAUUGGCUACCAAGGGCCUAUUGCGACGUUGCGUACGCAACACAUGAGUUUCCCGAUUGUGUCACCCCCGAUGAUGAGAGUAGUUUUUACUACCAUGAUCACGCAACCACCUUUACGGACAAUGUUUUCGUAAGUAAGACACUAGCCAACAUGGCCCUCGCCCUACGUGUUGGUGCUUGGACUAAUGAGGCGGAACUGAUAACCGGACUCGGUAUUGCCACAUACAUCCACAGCGAGCGGGGCGCCACCGUGGGGAAGGAGGGUACGGCCAUGGCACUAGACGACAUCAAGCGUGCCAUGUUGAAGCGAAGUUUAUUCGAAGAAUGGAAGAGGGGGGUUGGGAUAGGCGAUCACGCCGUUAGCCCCGACCUAAUGGGCAACGACAGGGCGUUUUGGGACACUAUCGUCUAUGGGGCGGGUGAGGAAUCCGACGCUGUCUCGGCGAUAGCGUUACAAAGUGUAAAAAAAAGACAGAAGUGGUUGGAGAAUGAAAAAGUAGCAGUAACUAAGGGAGCGUUCAAGUAUUAG